AAAAAGCAUGGGCACACACGCAAAUUUGUUGUAAACCAAUCAUGGUUGAACAAGCCAUUACAAAAUACAAAAUGUCUAUAUAAUUUUUUCUUUCUUUUUUUUUUUCUGGUGUUUUCUCUUCUUUAUUUUUAUUUAGGAAAAAAAAACAAAAAUGAUGGCUAAAUUCUCUUCUCUCUGGGCUCUGGGUUUAUUACUUGUUGCUGGUCUUGUUACCGCACAAGCUAAUGUGGAAGUAACUGCAGAGUUCCCUGAUAACCCAUUCGGUAUGAUUGUCAAUGGACAACGUAACAAGGUUGUUUUGGAUAUUGUCAACAAGGAAAAGACUCCCUAUACUGUUUUUGCUGUCACUGGUCAAGUUCAUCAAGUCGAUGAUGCUUCCAACAUUGUUCGCAACUUGACUGCCACCCGUUAUGGUAAGACACUUGCUGCCGGUUCCGCUCUUCAAAUCCCUUACAACUUCUAUUCCGAGUUUGCUCCUGGAGAGCAUGGUUUGACUGUCUUUGUUGACUUGAUGGUUGAUAAAACCGUGACUCGUGUUGUUGGUUUCAAUGGUACCAUUACCGUAACUGAGCCCACUGGUUCUUGGUUCGAUAUUCAACUCCUCGUUCUUUAUGCUGUUCUCGUUGCUGGUGCCGCUGGUGUUGCUUAUAUUGUCCGUGCUGCUUUCUUUGCUGAUGCCAAGAAGACCAAGAAGUCCAAGAAGGUUGAAGAAGUGACUGAACGUCCUACUCAUCGUGAUGAAAAGGGUGAGAUGGUUUUGGAUGAAUCUUGGAUCCCUGAACAUCAUCUUAACUUGAAGAGUCCCAAGAAGACCUCUCCCAAGUUGAAGAAGAGAGCUUCCAAGAAGUAAAAAUAAUACAUAUAUAUAUAAAAAGUAUAAUUAGCAUCUAUAAUCUUUCCCCUCCAUUGCUAUUUUUUUCGUAAAUAAAUCCAAUAUUCAUCAUUAUAUAU